CGCAAUUUCUACCCACGCUCCUUUCCUCUUCAUACUAACAAUACAAAAGGGCGUUACCUACUUCGCCCCAGUUGAAAUAAAUGCACUUUCAGAAACUAUUGCUUUUAUUAAAGUAUUUGAAAUUGGCUAUACCUGAUCGCCAUCAUGAAAAAGUUGAUGUUGUUAUUGUUCGUCGUGGUUGUUUCAAGCAAUGACUUUACCGGAGAUCAAGUGUUACGAAUGACACCUGCGACGGAGAAACAAGUUAUUUUUUUGAAGGAAUGGAUUGAAAAGACAUCCCUUCAACUUGAUGUGUGGAGAGAGCCUGGAGUAACAGGGAAUGAGGUUGACAUACACAUCAAAGCAUUCGAUCUUGGUACAGUGAAACCCAUGUUGAAACAAAAUAACAUCCCUUUCAAGGUGAUGAUGAAUGAUGUAGGACACGCUGUUGAAGAGGAGAGAUCAUCCAAUCGAAAGAAUGCAUUUUUUUCGCGAUUCGAUUAUAACCGAUACAAUCAAUACUCAGAGAUUAAAAUGGAGAUCGGAAACUUGGUUAGAGCACAUCGUAAUAAAGCUUCAAAAUUUACAGUCGGCCGAUCAUAUGAAGGUGAUAUAAUAUCAGGAAUAAAGAUUACAGAUGGAAAUUCGGUCAGUUCUAAACCAGCAAUUUGGAUUGAUGGAGGCAUACAUGCAAGAGAAUGGAUUUCAACAGCGGUUGUCAUGAACUUUAUAAAAUUGCUAUUGACAAGUAACAGUCGCGAAGUGUCGCAAGCUUUGUCAAAAUACGACUUUUACAUUCUUCCUGUCUUCAAUGUGGAUGGGUAUAAAUACACCUUUACCGGUUCACGUGCUCGAUUCUGGAGAAAAACAAGAUCGAAAAACGGAUUGUGUAUCGGAGCUGAUCCCAACAGGAACUGGGACCAUAAAUGGGGAGGUAUUGGCACAAGCUCAAAUCCUUGUAAAGACACAUACCACGGAUCAUACGCCUUCUCUGAAGUAGAAGUGCAGAACGUCGCAAAUUACUUACGUCAGAUUUCGAAUUUGAAAGCGUACUGGAGCGUGCAUGCAUUCAGUCAACUUGUUUUGUACCCAUGGUCGUGGACAACCAAACCAACGGGGGACGAUUCUGAAAUAAAAAGAGUGGCAGAUAUUUUUGUCAACACAGUUCGACAGCGAUAUGGGACAACAUAUAGAGCUGGACAACCUUCAACCAUCUUGUAUCCUGCAACAGGUGGUAGCAUUGAUUGGGUAAGAGCCAAACUGGGUGUCAAAUACUCAUAUGGCUUGGAGCUUCGCGACACAGGAAAGUAUGGAUUUUUACUACCAACUCAACUGAUUAAGCCAACAUCAGAGGAAACGUGUGAUGCACUGCUUGCUUCUAUCAAUGCUAUGCAGUAAUGUGUUGUAACAAUAAUUUAAUAAUAAAUAAGACAUUGCAAAAU